AUGAUGUAUCGCGACACUGACGGUCGAGACGAUACAAAUCGUGAGCACAUCGGACGGUGCGACACGGGAGCAAAGACGGCUCGGAACAAGCACGUAAACACGUGGGUGACCACGGCUCGGGGUCGCGGCGCUGACGCGGCACACGACGAACAAAUAACAAUGAGCCGGGAGGUCGGCACACGGGCCGAUACUCGUAACGCGAAAACUGGCGUCCGCGACGAGCUAAAAGCAGCGAGGCUGAGGUGCACGGAACGCACAACAAAAAAUGGCGUUUUAACGGCGGCGGCGCACCGGAUCGCGACAUAUACGGGAUUACGGGAACUUGCCUAG